GAGAGAGCGAGAAAAAAAGUUUUGCUUGAAGGGCGGCAUGACUGAGGAGGCAGCAGAGACUGGACGAGAGGGAUUCGAACUACAGAGGCGCAGCACUGCAACUUAACAAGGAACAGGAUAGGGGCUCGAGCUGGGAGUCACCAAGUAGUCUUGCUAGCUGGUUAGCUAGACGCUAGCUGUUCGCUAUAUCACCACUAUAUUUGCAAAAUGAGGUUAAAAGUUGGAUUUAUUCUGCGCAGCAUAUUAGUUAUUGGCACCUUUUUAGGUCUAGUGGUGCUUUGGUCUUCCCUCUCUCCAAAAGCAAGCGAUGGGCCCUUUAUCGCUAACGACGUGGAACCUAAGGACCUGGGGGCUCAGAAGAACGAGGCACCUGGCAACCAGUUCAAGCCUGUGGUUCCCUGGCCACAUGUGGAAGGUGUGGAGGUCGACCUGGACUCCAUAAGGCAAAAGAAUGGAGUGGACAAGCAGCCAGUUGUAGAGCGCAACCAGCAAAACAUCAUCCAGAAACAAUAUGUCACCUUCAAGCCUCACACCCAUGCCUACUCUAACCCCGUGCUCAAACGGGGAACGCUGGGCAACCUGGAGCCCAAAGAGCCAGAGCCCCACGGCGUGCAGGGUGGACCAGGGGAGGGAGCCAAGCCGUUUGUACUGGGAGCAGAGUACAAGUCCUCCGUACAGGCCAGCAUCAAAGAGUUUGGUUUCAAUAUGGUGGCUAGUGACAUGAUCUCGUUAGAUCGGACCAUCAAUGACUUAAGGCAUGAAGAGUGUAAAUACUGGCACUAUGACGACAACCUGCUCACAGCCAGCGUCAUCAUCGUCUUCCACAACGAGGGCUGGUCCACGCUGCUGAGGACCGUGCACAGUGUCAUCAAGAGGACGGCCCGAAGGUACCUGGCCGAGAUCGUCAUGAUCGAUGACUUCAGCAACAAAGUCCAUCUGAAGGAGCGACUGGAGGAGUACAUUAAGCAGUGGAAUGGCUUGGUGAAGGUGUUCAGGAAUGAGAAAAGAGAGGGCCUGAUCCAGGCCAGAAGCAUCGGCGCCCGCAAAGCUACCCUGGGCCAGGUCCUGAUCUACCUGGAUGCUCACUGUGAAGUGGGCAUCAAUUGGUACGCUCCUCUAGUGGCCCCCAUUUCCAAAGACAGAACGGUAUCCACCGUGCCCCUGAUAGAUUAUAUAGACGGCAAAGACUAUACCAUAGAGCCGCAGCAGGGGGGUGACGAGGACGGUCUGGCGCGCGGAGCGUGGGACUGGAGCCUCCUGUGGAAGCGUGUGCCGCUCAGUAGCAGAGAGAAGGCUAAGAGACAGCAUAAGACCGAACCAUAUCGGUCCCCUGCCAUGGCAGGUGGAUUGUUUGCCAUAGAACGGGAGUUCUUCUUCGAGCUGGGUCUGUACGAUCCAGGCCUUCAAAUUUGGGGAGGAGAAAACUUUGAGAUUUCAUAUAAGAUCUGGCAGUGUGGUGGGCAGCUGCUGUUUGUGCCGUGUUCUCGUGUGGGCCACAUCUACCGCCUGCAGGGCUGGGAGGGCAACCCACCUCCUGCCCAUGUGGGCUCUUCACCAACCCUCAAGAACUAUGUGCGUGUGGUGGAGGUAUGGUGGGACGAUUACAAGGACUACUUCUAUGCCAGUCGACCCGAGACGCUGACACUCGCCUACGGUGACAUCAGUGAACUGAAGAAGUUCAGAGAGGAGCAUCGAUGCAAGAGCUUCAAGUGGUUCAUGGAGGAGAUCGCCUACGAUAUACCCGAAGCCUACCCUUUGCCACCCAAAAACGUGGACUGGGGCGAGAUCCGUGGCUAUGAAACCAGCUACUGCAUAGACAGCAUGGGUCACACAAACGGAGGAAAUGUGGAGAUCGGACCUUGCCACAGGAUGGGAGGCAACCAACUCUUCAGGAUAAACGAGGCCCAUCAGCUGAUGCAGUAUGACCAAUGCUUGACGAAGGGCGCUGAUGGCUCGGAUGUGAUCAUCACACACUGCAACAUGAAUGAGCAUACAGAGUGGCGGUACUUCAAGGAUCUUCACCGCUUCACACAUGUUCCUACUGGAAAGUGCUUAGACCGUUCUGACAUCCUACACAAAGUUUUCAUCGCAGACUGUGAUAACAGCAAAACUACGCAGAAGUGGGAAAUGAACAAUAUUGUUGCUGUCUGAGACCAACAGCCUGAAAGAAGUGCAAUUUCCAAAUUUCCAGUUAUUUUCUGUGUGGAAUAAGUGGAUUUGUUUAAAAACAAAAAAAGAAAAGAAAAAGAGUGUAAAAAAAUUUGUAAAUAUUUUGACAGUGGACUAGAAUGCCUCCAUCCCAACUUGACUCAAAAUGCAGAUCAUGAGGAUGUGGACACCAUUCUUCUCUCAUUAGAUGUUUACAUUCCAAAUGCACUCUUCCUCACCAUAUCAUACUCCAAGGAUUAUGUAUUUUUUUUACAGUUUGGAUGAUUUUCCAGGGUCUUUUUCUUUCAGCAAGGCAUCUGGGAGGGGGUGGUGUGUCAACUUUUGAUUCAGAACCACUUGAUACUUCAUAUCUAUCACUGCAAAGGUGAUUUUUUCCCUUUUUAAUUUUUUCCCUCUUCCUUAACACUGGAUUGCUGACAAUGACAGGAGUCUUAUGCAGUGAAAUUCCAGAACUUGAAACUGUGGACUUCUCUUCUCUAGCUGUGGUAUCAUUGAAAUCAAAUGGGAAUCAUGGACUACUUACAGACUCUUGCACUCUGAGCUUCUGUGGGGGUAAAUUGUGGGCAAUAGUGGGUUCUAAAUUCUUUUGGACAGUGCUUAUUCCAAUGUGAAAACUUUGCGAGGUGAGAAAUCAUGGGUGUAUAUGCUGCUUUUGUACAAUGUAAAUAGAUUUCUACAGUGAAAGUGGAGCCUUUCAAUGAAGUUGUAAAUAUCUAAGUUAUAAAAAUAUAUGUUGGCUCCAUUUUCUCAAAUAAAUGGGAUGUUUUUA